AAAAGGUAGAAUAUGGCCUGCCUCCUGUUAAUAUAAAAGAGGUCACAAUUCAUAUUUUAGUGUUUUGAGACUUUUAAAAUGAUUGCAUUAGCUUUUGGCAAUGCUAAAUUAUGUUCCUUGCGGAAUACCAUCCAGUUUCUCUUGGGCCAAGUCCACCUCCUGCUCCCAAAAGGAACAAUUCCCAGCUGGUGGUACCUGGCGGCGGUGAAGGAGAACGGCCAUUUUGCGACCAGCAGAGUACACUUAGGCUUUAGAGAACAAAAGCUGCAGAACGCUGCAAAUUUAGGAUUCAGAGAGCAUAAACAAGAGAAAGACGUUUCAUGGACAAUGCUUCUAUGAGUGAUAGUGCUAUCCUGUUUGAGAUGCUUUGCAGAUUUCAUUAACGCUUCUAAGUCAAGGCGUUACAAAGGAAUCCACUUCUGAAAGAUUUCAGAAAUUCCUGGAAAGGGUACAUUUCCGGAGAGGAGGCGAGCAAUAUUCUCUCUUGUUCUCUCCUAAAGGGCUGAAGGUUAUACAGAAUUGGAGAACUGUAAUACCUUUGGGAUCAAUGUCUUGUUUUAUGAAAAAGUGCCCUUAGGUUAUGAAAACGACGUGUAGAAGAAACAAGUCCAAGCCGGCGCACUGGCUUGGCCUGUAAUCCUAGCUACUCCGGACGCUGAGGCGGGAGGAUCCUUUGAGCCCGAGAGUUGAGGCCAGCUCAGGGAAUAAAGCAAAACUAAACUAAAAUAAUAAUAAAAUGCCACUUAAAAGUAAUAAUCUAGAUUUGGAAUAGAAUAUAGUAGCUAGUGAAAGUGCAGGUUUGUUGCUGGCUUGAAGAUAGACCAAUCAGAGCUUGUAACGUCAUACUCAGAGUCUUCUAUCAUCCAAUCACUGCACUUUACAUACUAUAAAAAGCAGAGCUGCUCUCGGCGUGCUUACAUUACUGUUUGCUCUUGUGCUGUGUGUUUCCUUCUGUUAUGGCUCGCACUAAGCAGACUGCUCGGAAGUCUACGGGUGGCAAAGCGCCGCGCAAACAGCUGGCCACCAAGGCGGCUCGCAAGAGCGCUCCCGCCACCGGUGGCGUGAAAAAGCCUCACCGGUACCGCCCCGGCACCGUGGCUUUGCGCGAGAUCCGCCGUUAUCAGAAGUCCACAGAGCUGCUGAUUCGUAAACUACCUUUCCAGCGCCUGGUGCGCGAGAUUGCGCAGGACUUUAAAACGGACCUGCGUUUCCAGAGUUCCGCUGUGAUGGCUCUGCAGGAGGCGUGUGAGGCCUACUUGGUAGGGCUGUUUGAAGACACCAAUCUGUGCGCCAUCCACGCCAAGCGCGUUACUAUCAUGCCCAAGGACAUCCAGCUCGCUCGCCGCAUCCGCGGAGAGCGGGCGUAAUUACUCUGGCAUCUUUCACUGCCCAAUCAAAGGCUCUUUUCAGA